UAAAGCAUGAUGCUAAUACAUUCACAUUGAAUGCUCAACAACGUGAUCAAGCCCUCCACACAUCUUCCUUUCUUUUCUGUCCUUUUGGUGUUAUCCAAAUCCAAUUGUAGAAUUAUUUCCCUUCUCUUGAGACAAAGAUUGGGUGUCCAAUGGAUGAUGUAGAUUUCUCAAAACAAAGUUUGGCGUUUUUGGAUUGUUUUUCCUUACAGUAAUGGCAUGUUGCGAUGUGAGUUUAAGGAAAGGGUCCAUUCCAUUAAUAACUAUUUCUUUUUUGCCUUUAAUUAUGGGCACAACCCAGCAAUGGAGAAAUGGAAGUAGAUAAAAAAACAAAAUUCUGAUAAAAAAUAUUAAAAAAGAAUGAGUGUACAUGAAUGAGAGAAAUACCUUUUUUAGCUUUUCUUUCUUUUGUGUAACGCUUUUAUUAAAAACCCAGCCUUUUUGCCAGUUUUCAUGAAGUUUUCCUUGUAUUUUUUUUUGCCCUCCAUCUCUCCCAUGUGACUCAUCCUCUCUCUUCCUAUGUGUUUUGUUUUGUUUUUAAAUCAAAAUAAAUUUUUUGGCCAUUCUUGAGAUGGAACUAAAGCGGACAUUGAUAGUGAAGCAUAUCUAAGUCUGCUCUAUCUAUAUAUCUCUCUUUCUCUUCUGUACAACCUUAAAAGUUGUCCGAAAACCAGACACCCAGAUUGAGAAACUGAGUUUUGAAGCUUUUCGGGAAGUGGGUUCUUGAGUUCAUCAUCAAUUAUCUGAGGUAGGACUGUUGUGCUAUCAAUUUGUUCUUUCUUUUCUUUUUUUGGGUUAGCAAAAGGGUACCAAAAUCUCUGCUUUAGCUAGAGAGGAUUAGUAAAAAGAAAGGAGAAAAUUUGCCUUUUAUGGUUACUAUAAUGAGGGACUUCCCUUCUUGUUUCGGUGAAAACGGUGUUCAAGUUGCUGAUUCAUCGUCGUCAUCGUCGUCAAGUGCAGCUAAAGCUGCUCAGAACUUGGUUACUUGUGUUUAUCAGUGUAGAUUACAGGGUCGUUCAUGCUUGAUUACAGUUACAUGGACCAAGAAUCUGAUGGGUCAAGGCCUUAGUGUCGUAAUAGAUGAUUUAGCCAAUAAUUGUUUAUGUAAAGUUGAUAUAAAGCCCUGGUUGUUCUCUAAGAGGAAAGGAUCAAAGAAUUUAGAGGUUGACUCUGGUAAAAUUGAUAUAUGUUGGGACUUGUCUAAUGCUAGAUUUGGUGUUGGGCCAGAGCCAGUUGAAGGGUAUUACUUGGCUGUUGCAUUUGAACAAGAAAUGGUGUUACUUCUUGGGGAUUUGAAAAAGGAAGCUAUCAAGAAGAUUGACACCAGUGCUCAUCUCAAUUCCAAUGCUGUUUUUAUUGCAAAGAGAGAGCACAUUGUUGGGAAGAAGUUUUAUGGUGCCAAGGCUCAGUUUUGCGACAAGGGACGGAUGCAUGAUGUGGUAAUUGAAUGUGACACGGUCGAUCUUAUGGAUCCAUGCCUUGUUAUACGCAUCGACAGUAAGACGGUCAUGCAGGUGAAGCGGCUCAAGUGGAAGUUCCGCGGCAAUCAUACCAUUUUAGUGGAUGGACUACCAGUGGAAGUGUUCUGGGAUGUGCACAACUGGCUAUUUGGCAAUGCUUUGGGCAAUGCGGUUUUCAUGUUUCAAACUUGCCUCUCUGCUGAGAAAUUGUGGGCAAACCAGUCGGUUAUCGAUCCAUCUGUAUUGACAUGGUCUUACUCUCAAAAGUUUAGAGAUCAUCAAGCACACGGACUUGGUUUUUCAUUGAUAUUGUAUGCUUGGAAACAUGAAUAGAAAUUACUUGUGAGAUUUCAAAUGUACUUGCUGCUAUGAAAUUCAGAGAUAUGUGAUUAACAUAUAUUACAUGCAAACCUAGCAGUUGUUAUUCA